AUGCCAAAAAUAAGUAUUGGACAAAAAUUUCAAGAAUUCAUAUAUUUAUUAAGUACCGAUGACAAGUAUUCGGAAUAUGAUUCAAGAAAAUCAUUUAAUAGAAUAAAUAAACCAGAUUCUGAAAAUUUAUUAACAAUAUAUUCACAACAUAGUAGUUCAUCAUUAGAAUUAAAUGAUCAAUCCACUAAUACAACAACAACCACAAAUGCAAAUGAACCUAAUACAAGUACUGAAGGUAUUCAUGAAAUGAAAUUAGCAUGGAGACAUAUUAAGAAUUGGUUAUUAAAAAAUGCACCAGAUAUGAAUAGUUCAUUACUGAGUAAAUGUACAAAUUCAGAUUUACAAGAUUUUCAAAAAGAUUUAAAUAUAAAAUUACCUCAAUGUCUUAUUGAAUUUUUCAAGAUAACCGAUGGUCAACUGAAUUUUGGUAAUAAAUUAAAUAUUGAAACGAAUGGAUUAUUAUUUGGUUUAAAAUUAAUGUCAUUAGAUGAAAUUAUGAUUUCAACUGAAAAUUGGAGAAAAGUUGCUGAUUUCAUUCAUCAAGAAGAAAAUAAACAAAAUCAAAAAUUAAAUGAGCUUAGUAAAUUACCUACAUCACAUCCAAGUUCGAGUCAGUACAAAAAGAAAUUAAGUUUAAAUGCAAGUAGUGAAUUAUCACUGACAAGAACUUCUUUUGAUUUAUCAUUAGAAGAAAAUUCACGAAAGACUUCAGUUUCAUCACAUGAAUCAAAUUCAUCAUCAUCUAAGAACAGCAAUGAAAAUAACAAACACUUGAAUAUGCCGAAACAAAGAUGUAUACCUCCAGGAACUAUACAUGAAACAUAUAUAAAACCAAACUGGAUCCCACUUGUAACAGAUGAAGUUGGUAAUUAUAUAGGUAUUGAUUUAUCACCACCUCCGGGUGGGAAAUGGGGUCAAGUCAUUUUGUUUGGUAGAGAUUUUGAUUUUAAAUUCAAGAUUGCAGAUACUUGGGGUGAUUUCCUAUUAAUUUUUGCAAAUGAUUUAGAAAUUGGGAAUUGGGAUAUUAAAACCAAUCAAAAGAAUAACUAUGGUGAUUUAUUUAUUGGGAAUGAAGGGGAGUUGGUAUUUAUUGAUAAAGAAACUAAAUUAGAAAUACCAUAUCUAGAAAUAUUAAAAAGACGAUCUGUUAAAAAGUGGAUGUCGAGUUUAGAAAAGGAUUCACUGAAUGAUAUAAAUAAAGAAUUAUUACUGGAAUUAAAACAAAAUGAAAUCUCAAUACUAUCUUUAAACAAUAAAAAUUAUCAAUCGGUUGAUAGUUUUAUAAAUAAUAAUUUAAAUCUUAUUGAUAAUGUUAAAGUUCUGGAGAGAGCUGAAGAAGAGAUAAAUUUAAAACCAACACCAACACCAAAACCAAAAGUUCCUACUAAAGGGCCAAGUAAAAGCCCAUUAUCACAAGAAGUAACCGAAGAGGAAAUUGAUGAAGAAGUUGAUGAACAAGAAUUAGACAAGACGAUAGCAAAUAUUGAUAAGACACUAGAAGAAGUAAAUAUUAAAAUAUAA